AUGCUGAUUUUUCAACAGNNCCUGAUUCUUCCCGAUUUCCCUCACACAACCAGAUGGCUUUCGGAGGAAGAGAAAGCAAUUGCCACUUACAGACUUCGCGACCGCAACGGCAACAACGAUGCAGAGAGAGGAUCGCUUCUCUCAGGCCUCAGAAUGGCAGUCACAGACUACAAAGUCUGGCUUCUUGCUGGCAUUGUCAUUACUAAGACCAGCGCUGCGGCUGUUACCUCCUUCAUCCCCACUCUCGUCAAGACUUUCGGCUACAACAAGAUCAACUCUCUCCUUCUGGUUGCUCCCCCAUACGUCUUUGCCGCUUUCUGCGCCAUGGGCAUUUCCAUCAGCAGUGACCGCCGUCAAGAACGUUACACCCAUCUAGUGGUUCCCCUCGCCUUUGGCAUGGUCGGCUACAUCAUUGCCGCAGCAACCACCACCCUGGCUCCCCGCUAUGUAUCCCUGUUCCUCAUGUUGGGAGGCGUCUACGGCGGUUUCAACGUCGCCAUCGCCUGGAUCUCUGCCACCCUGCCCCACCCCAUGGANAAAAGAGCAGCGGCGCUCGCGCUCACAAACAUGGUCGGCAACUUUGCGCAAAUCUACUCGCCGUAUUUGUACGAGAAGGAGAGUGGACCUCGUUACUUGCCUGCCAUGGAGGCCAACACUAUCUUUGUUGCUGUGUCUAUUAUCCUGGCUACGGUUUUGCGCUUCUGCCUUGUCAGGGAGAAUAGGAAGCUUGAGCAGGCAGAGAUUGAACAGAUUAAUCUUGACAUGGGAGAGAAGAACAAUGUCGAACAUAUGGAGGUUUCGCAGGCUAGUCCUGCGCCUGGAUUGAGUCCUGGAUUCAGAUAUUUGCUCUAG